AUGUCUCCCACAAUAUCUCCCACUCUCAAGCGUUCCACUACCAGUGUUGAAGAUCCCGAGUUGGCUGACCGCCCGGGCAAGCGCCCCAAGAUCGCUGCCAGCAAGGAGCUUCCCCAAGAGGAUGCUGCCGUCAAGAAUGAGGACUCGGCUGAAGAGGUCCUCCCCGCCACCAACACCACCCGCAUUAGCCGUUCUGGGCGGGCUAUCAAAGCACCCACGGCGUAUGCGCCCUCUCCUGCCCCGGUAUCUACCAAGCGACACAAGCCCGGCACUCGAAAGCGCACGACGAACAUUGUCUGCGCGAAGUGUGACCGCGGCACCUCGCCCAAGUCCAACCCGAUCGUCUUCUGCGACGGGUGCGAAGCAACCUGGCACCAGAAGUGCCACGACCCUAUCAUCUCAGAUGAGGUGAUCACCGAUGAGGCCAAGGAAUGGCACUGCUACGCUUGCGAUCGCCGUCGCCGCCGCUCGAACCGCGGCAAGCUGCAGGAGUCGACUGCUCCUGUUCAGCAAGAAGUGGUCCUCGGACCCAAAGACGAGGCCAACGGCGCUGCUCUUAAGCGCGCCUACUUCGGAAGCCUCACCCACAUCCAGCUCGUCGACCUUCUGGUCGAUAUCUCCUUCAAGCACCCGGAGCUGAACAUCGGGCCUCCCAAUGUGCUUCAAAAGACCGUCAGCCCUAAGGCUGCGAGCCCCAAGGUCAAGGCCGAUGCCGAGGACGAAGAGGGUUACCGGAAGCACCCUCGGGCCGGCAAUGGCUUUGCCCUCCCUCAAGGCCCGGAGGACCUGGAUAUCCUCCAGGAGGACCCUGAGUCGACCACAUUCAGCCACUUGAUGAACUUCCCGGUGGCUGCCAGCGCCGGGCAGAUGUGGCGGGACCUCAAGCGGGCGGGAAACGCUCUGUUUCCCACUGAAUUUUAG